AUGACUCAAACCUGGCUCGUGACUGGUGCUUCUUCGGGCCUUGGAACUGCUAUUGCCGAGGCGGCUCUCCAAGCGGGCCAUAAAGUGAUCGCUACAGCACGCAACCCGACCAAAGCAGCUCAAGAAAAUCCCCAGGUCGAGAAGCUUGGAGGGAUAUGGAUUGAACUAGACGUGACCAAGAGUGAGACGACAAAGAGAGUGGAAGAUGCGAUAACUCAGACAGGUGGAGUGAUCGACGUGGUGGUCAAUAAUGCCGGAUACUCUCUGCUGGGCAGCAUUGAGGACAUGAGCGAGUCGGAGGUGGAGACACAAUUCAACACAAACGUCCACGGCCCCGUCCGCGUCUUAAAGGGGGUACUUCCCUUCAUGCGGGCGCAAAAGUCAGGAACGAUCGUCAACAUCAGUAGCUCUGCGGGUCUAGAUGGUCUUCCUACCUGUGCGAUGUAUGCGGGGACUAAGUUUGCUCUUGAAGCCAUGUCAGAAAGCCUUUCGAGGGAGCUCGAACCAUUUGGCAUUCGAGUGGUGAUCAUCGAACCAGGCCAGUUCAGGACGAAGUUCCUAGCAUCAUACGUGCAGCCCGCGGCGGGGAUGAACAAAGCUUACCUCGGCACCCCUCUGGAUGAUGUGAUGAAGUUCUUCAAGCAGGUUAAUGGGAGCCAGCAUGGCGACCCUGUCAAAGCUGCCCAGCGGAUCCUGGAGAUAGUGUCAGGCACCGGCAUGGCAGCUGGCAAGGACAAGGUGCUGCGGUUUCCGCUGGGCCCGGAUUGCUACAAGCGCUUCCAGACUAAAAUCGAAAGCAUGCAGAGUGACUGGAAGGAAACGCAGGAAAUUGCCCAUUCGACUAAUUAUGAGUAA